AUGUCCGGCACAGACAGCAAGGACGGUGCCCGCGUCGACCUGCCCCGCUCAUCCAAACGGUUUGGCCCCGACAGCUCCCACGGCCGCUCGAAUCCUUUCAACGCGAUGUCCCCAAUGUCCACUGGCAUGGCCUCCCCCUCCACCAAUGCGUCAUCUGCGUUUGGCCUGGGUUCAGGUGCAUUCGCCUCGUUCGGAGCCCCCAAGACCCCCGGCGGAUCGACUGACAUUAAGACCCCCGGUGAGAAGCGCGACCUCUCAGACCUGGAUGACGCUGUGACUGCCAAGGAUUUCACCAGUUCUACCGGGGAGCACCCGCUCAAAUCGACAUGGAUUGUCUGGUACCGGCCACCUACCCCCAAAUACUCCGAUUACGAAAAAUCGACGGUCCCGCUCGCUGCUAUCUCGUCAGUAGAGAGUCUCUGGGCUGUAUAUACCCAUCUCAAGCGCCCAUCUUUGCUUCCGACGGUCUCCGACUAUCAUAUUUUCAAGAAAGGCAUUCGACCAGUGUGGGAAGACGAGGCUAAUAGGCGAGGAGGCAAGUGGAUUGUGCGGUUGAAGAAGGGGGUAGCAGAUCGGUACUGGGAGGAUUUGUUGCUCGCGAUGGCGGGAGACCAGUUCGCCGAAGCGAGUGAUGAGGUCUGUGGUGCGGUAUUGAGCGUGCGGGGUGGCGAAGAUGUCUUGAGUGUGUGGACGCGGAUCGACGGAGGACGUAAUAUCAAGAUAAGGGUAGGGGACCGAAAUGCUAACCUAGUGCGCAGAGAAACGAUUAAGCGUCUACUUGCAUUCCCCGCAGACACCAAUAUCGUCUGGAAGAGCCACGAUGAUAGUAUUGCCCAACGCUCGGCGAUCGACCUCGCUCGCCAGGAGAAGGCUGCGGCUGCAGCUGCCAAUCCUGGAGCUCACCUUGGCACCGAGCGCCGACGCGCCGGCCACGACGAUUCUGACAAGGGCAAGGGAGUGUAA